GCGUGUUCUCGUCAACAAAUCUGUAAGCAGACUAAACAUUUGGAAAGUCUUCCAGAGUGUUAACAUCACACACAAUGAACUCUUAUUAGUGUGAGAGAAUAACCGUUCGAUGGAUCCAAACCAGGAGUUGUUAAAAUAUUCACAUGCUGGUAAUCCAGUGGAUUUGAAAGCGUUUUUAGAGGAAAAUUAUGAAACUGUUUCUGUAAACUUCAGAGAUGGUGAUGAUGAGGCCACGCCCCUUAUCACUCUUGUGCAAGGGGGCAGAAAACUGUCCAGUGAGCAGGAUGAGGACCUUUGUGCAUGUUGUAGAAUUUUAGUUGAUCACGGUGCUGAUGUUAAUCUCCAAGAUCAUAUCGGUCGAACUGCACUACAUUGGGCAGUGUUUUACCACAAACCGGCCCUAGUAUCGGAAAUCUUGCAAGCUGGCUUUGAUGCCCAUUUGACUGAUAAGGAGGGUAACAAUGUCCUUCAUUUCGCCAUACGAAUGGGAGCACAGGAAGUAAUAUCUGCCAUCGUCAAACAUAGCCCAAAAGAGUUGCUCAGCUCGACAAACAAAGGUGGUCUACCUCCGCUUAUUUACGCGGUGACACUCGGGAAUCUAGAGAUCUGUGAAAAGCUUAUCAAGUGUGGCAUCGAUGUCGACCAGGUAGAAACGAAUAAAACCAAGAGGACAGCUCUCCACUAUUGCCUGUCUCAGAACCAAGAGGAAUUAUUUUGUCUGCUGUUGAGACAUGGUGCUCAGGCCAACAAGCCUGACUACAGAAAGAGUGUAAUACAACGUAGCCUACAAAACAACAAUCAGAAGUUCUUUCAUCUUCUCUUAGACUUCUGCCCGAUGGAGGACUUGGAAAUCGCCAACGGGGAGGGGGCCUCACCCUUGAUGAUUGCGUGUCAGUUGGAGAAACCGGAUACCGUCAGAGAGCUCAUUGAACACAAGGUUGACGUAAACACCAGGGACAAGACAUCGAAAACUGCCCUCCACUACUGUGCUGAAAAUACGGAAACAAAGUGUGCUGAGUUGGUUCUUGAGGCUGACGAGUAUCUCGUCUGUCAUCAGGAUGAAGAUGGAUACAGCCCGCUGCAUAUGGCUGUGAUUGCAGGCAAUGUGGCACUCACCAAAUUUCUCCUGGAGAAAGGUGCCAACAUCAACUGUACUGACAAUGAGACACAUACAGCAGUUCAUUGGGCGACAGUAUGCGGCCAAGUGGAAGUGAUGGAUGUCCUCAUGCAGCAUGGUGCAUCAUUAUCCACCGCUGAUAUCCAUCAGGCAUUUCCAGUCCACUACGCGGCCCAGAUGAGCGGGGCUGCCAAUGAUGGUGUGGACCCCAAGGUGGGGCUGGAGGUCCUCAAUAAGCUCAUUGACAGGAGCGUUCCUGUGAACUGCAAGGAUAAAGAUCAACGACAACCAUUGUUAUGGGCAGCCAGUGCUGGGAGCAGUAAAGCUUGUUUAGCUCUCAUCGAGGCUGGUGCAGAUCCAGAAGCUACUGAUAAAGAUGGACUCACAGCAAUGCACUGCGCGGCUAGCCGUGGUCAUCCAAAGUGUAUUGAAGCUCUCCAUGAGGCAGGUGCGAAUGUUGACUGCCAGGAUAAGAACUCAUGUACCCCAGUUUUCUACGCUAUCACACUUGGACACACCGACUGUACCAGUCUUCUUCUUAAUCUUGGUGCCAACCCAAAUUUCCAGGAUAAAAGGGGACGAAGUCCAGCACAUUGCGCUGCUGCUAAAGGCUGUAACGAUAGUAUUCGGUUUUUGAUGAACAAAAAUGCCAACUUUUGGUUGAGGAACGCCAAGGGAGAAUACCCAGUACAUGAGGCCUCACAGUCUGGAAAAACAGAAAUUGCCAAACUUCUGGUGGAGUAUGAUGAAGGCCAGCACCUGAGUAAGGGAAACCAAGAUGGCCGCACGUGCCUCCAUCUUGCCUGCAUGACCAACAACCUUGAGCUGUGUAAGCUGCUGCUUGAUAACAAUGCGAACAUCAAUGCUGUUAUGAAGAGCAAGUCACAGAAGGAGCAGUACCUUACUCCAUUAGAUGUUGCCCUGAUAAAAGGAAACACUGAAAUAGCAGAGUACUUGAAGGCAAAUGGAGCAGCAUCAGGAAAGAAAGUCACCCUUCAUGCUGCUAAUGUCAUUCAGAAGUCAGCAAAACGCAGAAAUAUAAAUCGUGGGACAAAAAGUAAUCUGCGGGUUUCACCUUCAGAUUCUGCGAAAAAGAAGCCGAGGUCUAGACCAACUUCUGCUGAUUCUAAACAAACAUUGUCUCCAGAUGAUCAGAAGUCGAAACAGAAUUUAGAAGAAGUCAAACCCCUUUCGUCGGACCGUACUGAAACACAGGAGAAGGUGGAUCACUUCAUGGUGGUGGCAGUGACUGCAUCUCGUUCUAGUUUAAGGUCAAGCAGGGCAGGAUCCCCUGAAGGUUCAAAAUCUUUGAGCAGCUCUGGUUCAAAGGCCAAAUCUGUUGGUAGCACAGGUUCCAGACCACAGUCGCCAUCAGGGUCUAUUGGGCCAAGGUCACCUUCACCAUCUGGAUCUAAAGGUUCAAGGUCAAAGUCUGCAUCAUCAGAACGGCCGAAAUCUAAGUCUGAUUCACCAGAACGGUCGCGCUCCAAGUCCAGUACACGUUCAGAAUCAAAGAUGAGUUCAUGUUCCAAGUCGGACUCGCCAUCAAGAUCAGAGGUAAAGGCUGAUGCAGGUGUUGUGAUCGUACAAAGAGAGUCUCGAAGAUCCAGAUCACGAAGUAGCUCUAGUGGAGACUCAAGUUCAGACUCGUCUAGUUCUGGUUCUCAGUCCAGGUCGAGUUCGAGGUCAAGGUCACGAUCAACGUCUGGGUCAAGGUUAUCUAUAUGGGACUCGAGAUCGAAGCCACAUUUAAAGGCAAGGUCACGGUCAAAGUCUCACUCGGUGUCAAGGUCAGGGUCAAGGUCGAGGUCAAGGUCAAGGUCGUUGUCUCCGGUUCCGGGAAAGUCGCCAUCGCCAUCUCGGUCACAGUCAAGAAGUAGUAGUCCAGUAGAAUCAAUAAAUACUGUCAAUGCCUCCCCUGUUGUGCCAUCAGAGACCAGUGCAACUGAACCGAGUGAAAGAACAAAUAAUACCAAAAGGACAGGAUGUCCGUUUCAGGAACAGAAUAGAAAUAAACGAGUACAAACGGUUCAAGUCAAACCUGGGCAGGUUAGAGGAAAAACUGCUUCCUCUGUCAGGAGUGCGAAGGACAGUGACACUGAGUCUAGGCCAAAGACUGCUACUGGCAAGAAGAUAAGGCCUAAAACUGCUGUUAGUAAGAGGGCACAGGAAAUUGUUGAUAGCGUACGUCAGUUUGAGGCUAUCCGUCGGAACGCACAGGACUUGCACAGGCUGCGACGGAUUCAGUUGUACCAUGGAGACUACAGUGAUCAGUUGAUGCUGAAGAAGUUAAUGGAAAGGCGUAAGAAUGGUGGAAGUGAACCUGCGGUCCAGUCAGUCGAUGAGUGGGAGCACUAUCUCUGUAAUGAAAUUAAAAUUCUUACGAAAGAGAGAAGGGAAGAUGGGGAGAGCAGACGGAGUGACAAGGCCGAUGAAGCCAGUAGCUCUACUACGUUGGAUAGCACCCGUAGUAGCAGUAGAGGAAGCCGCAAACAAGACCUCCAGAGGGAGCUCAAGUCAGCCAAGGAAUCUGACCAGAGGAGAUUGAAGGAACGGCCGCAGACUGAUCAACAGAGGAGGCAAGAGCAAGCCCAGAAUCGAUUGAGAGGAUCGUACAAGCCAGACUUGCCUCCUGAAGUCUUCUUGGAAGAUACAUACAAAUGUAACAUUUCCCGUCCAAAAAGAGUCCCCAGCUCAUAUUCCCCAGGCCAGAAAUCUCAGAAUGGGCAUCUGCCGAAGUUGGCUGAUGAGCCCAAGCGUCCUCAUACUAUGAACAACGCCAAGGCAAGGACUCCAUCUGAUCAACAUGCCAAGUACGUUGGGUCGCCAGCACAAUACAGGGCCAGACUGGCAUCCGCUGGGUUAUCAAGAUAUCAAGUAACACCAAACCAAACAGCCUGGAGUUCACGGUAUGAUGGUAGUUUACGACCCAGGGAUGAACUGGUAUUCGUCUCACCAAGUCUUUAUGAGGACAAGCGCAGAAAUAAAGCAACACAAAAAAGAAUACAGACCUUAUCAAUAUAACCAUAAAGGAAUACCAGUUGACGAUGGCAAUGGAUUAUAGCGUUUAUUCCGUUACUUAAUAUGAUGUAGUUUCAUCUUGAGAUAGAAGUAUUAUAUUGAGUGGUUUUUAAGUACAAUAUGUUGACAAAAUAUACAUGGAUUAUGAGAACUUCUAUUAAACAUUAGUAGAACUUUGUCUGUGAUACUUCUUUUAGAGCUUGUGUGUGACGUAAACGGGCACAUUUCUGUGAAUAAGAAUGUGUAUUUCUCUUGAGGCAUAAAUUAAGAAGCCCGUUAGUGAUUAGCUUGUGCCAUACCAUUUUUAGGUACUCUUCUCCAUGACUGAUGAUAUUGUGAUAUUUUGUACAAAGACUACACUUAUGUGUUUCGAUUUAUUGUUGUUCUCUGCGUGAAAGAUAAAUUCUGCCCAUGAAAUGAAUGAUAUUUUUGUAAGUUCUCGAAUUUUUGUAAGUUCGAGUAUUUCUUAAUUUGUUACAUGGAUUAACACAUAACCAGUUGAUCCCUUCAAUGUCCAAAUUUAUUUAUUUUAAAUUUGAGAUCUUCCCAUCACAAAAUCCAUACUGGUUCUACCUACAGUUGGAGAUAUUGACAAAAUUUUGUGUUUUACUAAGACAGUAUAGCUGCUCGUUUAGAUGUGAUAUGGUUUCUUUUUACAGAUAGAUAUAUUUUUGUACAUAUAAUUAAUAUAUUACUGACAAUGAUCUCUUUCAUCAACUUCUAUUGUGGGCUGUUGGAAUGAAGAAACAAGUAAAAAAUCUCCUGCCACUUCGGGAUUCAAUCUCCUGACCGGAAAAUGCACUUUUAAAGAAUAUUUGCGUUCACCAAGUGCUUUAACAGUCUCUACCUGUCAAUUGAAAUACAACAGGCAAUAUAUAGAACAGAGGUUGAUGAAAGAACCAUUGUUUUUGACUUUUGUUGGUACUUGUGUGCAAAGUUUAUGGUCCCUUAUACUGAUAUUAUCCAUAUUAGUCCGAGAUUAAAGUUUAGUAUAUAUUGUUAAGAA